AUGAUGGAAGCUCAAACUACCAAUAAUCUUCUCAACCUAUUACCACUUGAAGGAAUACAAGCUCUAAAACAAUUCUUGAAAAUUUGGAAAAAUAAUAAUACUAUAAACAAUAUUAUAGAAAUAUCUGGUCAAAAUAUUUUUAUUAUUCAUGAAGAUGGAUCAAAAAUAACAAGCCCAAUCGAAGAUAUUAUCCAACAAUCAAUGGAAAGUAUUGUUGAGUAUAAUAAUCUAUAUGAGGAAUUUAUUAAUAGUGAAGAAUGGGAUACAAUGCUUCAAAAUUUUGAACCUCCUGAAAUACCAAAUAUUCAAGAAAAUGUUAAAAUAAUAGAAGUCCCCUUAGAAGAAAACAGUAAUCACCAAAGUUCAAACAAGAAAAAUAAUAAGUUUCUUAUUAAACAAAUUAAACGAGACUUAGCUUAUAAAAUAGAGAAUAGAGUUCAAAUGAAUUCUCUUUAUCAAGAUACUGAUGAAAUACAAAUUUUUGAUACUAUUAUCACAAAAAUUCAAGUUUUUGGAAAAAAAAAAACAAAUGUAUACCAAGGAUGGAAGCUCUCUUUUAUCUUGGACAAUUGA